AGUCUGUGCAACUGAAAGAAAGAAGCCAAUCCCAUUAACAAAUGGCUUCAACGAUUUCACCUCCAACAUUUUUGUGUUCAUCAGCACAGAAGAAAUCGACUUCUUCCUUCACCAUCUCAUCAUCUUUAGUCUUAUACCCUAAAACUUCAAAAUUGCAUCUUUCUACUUCAAUUCCUCAACUGGGUCUUACUCCAUGGAGUGGUUUGAAGCAUAUGGGUAUUUCGGUUAGACCUCAAACUUUCAAAUUAGGCAGAAAGAGAAAAAUUAGAGGGAAAGUUGUUUAUGCUUCUUUAUUUGGUGUUGGAGCACCUGAAGCUUUGGUUAUUGGAGUAGUUGCUUUGUUAGUUUUUGGUCCCAAAGGUCUUGCUGAGGUAGCCAAGAAUCUGGGAAAGACAUUGCGCGCUUUCCAGCCGACAAUUAGAGAACUUCAGGAAGUUUCGAGGGAGUUCAAGAGUACGCUUGAGAGGGAGAUUGGUCUAGAUGAUCUUCCACCUUCAGCGCAGAACAAUUAUAGAUCCACAAAUGCCACCACUACACCUCCAACCUCGUCUACGGCGCCUUCUGCUGUUGAGAGUUCUCCGGACGUGGUUGAUCCAAAUGGUGCAGAGCCCGCAGAACCCCCACUUAACCUUGGAGAAUUCCUAGUGAAUGCAAAUAUAAAAUCGAAUAUUGCCCAGAAGGAAAAAGAGGCAGCCCUUAAAGAAGAACAAGAACAAUCUGAAUCUCAACCUCAACCUCAACGUCAAGAAACAACAGCUCCAGAAGCCACUGCAACAAUUCCAGAAGUCACUGCAGCAGCUCCAGAAGUCAUUGCUGCAACGCCUCCAUCUGAGACGGUUGAAAAGAUUGAGAAUGAAAUCACUUUACCAAGCGAUAAAAAGGAGAACGAGGUAUCUUCUUCGACGAACUGAAGAUGAUGGAUACAAUUCACCCAUUUCAGGUUUCAAUUACCAUUUUUUAGACCUCGGUAAAUCGCCACGUUAAUUUAAUGAGAUUUUUUUUUUACCUAAUCAGUGUAGCAUAACUGUUUUUGUUGUAUACUAUAUCAUUGUGGCAACGUAGAAAUUUAGUUUUGCCAGUCUUGUAAGUCACCACUAUAUUGAGCAUUCCUAGUAAUGUAUUUUUAAUGAAUUCGUAAUAAAGUACUCGUAUCAUUUGCUUGUAAACUCAAAUGACUCAGAUGGGUCCAUAAUUCAAAGAAUCAAGAUCUACGUCAUUUUUUCUUUA